CUCAAAGACGUGUCAAAAGGUGCUCUCUUUCAGACCCUUUGUUGCUUAGCAACUGUCAAAAUACCAUCUCGUUGAAAUUCAUUGUAAGUGUAGGAGAGUUAUUCCUGCUGAGGCCCAGUUGUGUAUGGUUGCGAUGGAGUUUAAACGAAACUAAAAACACUUGGAGCUCAUCAAGACUUCAGUGAAUAGAUGGAUAGAUUGCACGAAGCGAUGGCUGUGAAUAGGUCGGCGAACAAAUGGAAAUCAUCCAUAACACUAUUUUCCGCCGCUCAACUGUGCUUUCUAGACUGUAAUUGAUGAAUGCAGCCUGCAAGCGGGUUGCUACUUGCACGCUCUGUACAGUCCUAAUUUAAAUUUCCGUUCGAUCAAGUUGUUUUAUAAAUUCUAGAUUUUCAAAGUGAUAACUUCGCGGAGUAUUUAAUAGCACGGUGCUGGUCUGUUAUUACAGAGUGUCACUCUAUUCCGGAGUCUCGUCGAACCUUUUAGAAGUGGGUUUAUUUCUUAAUAACUUUUGCAAUAAUUUUUACUCAUUUUCUACGCGAUGGCUGUAGAUCCUUGUGAUAGUGGAACCCUACUGCUGCCAUUUCUUGACGAAUCUGGGUGGAAUCAAGAAUUAAGGGCGUUUAUCUACCUGAUAGCGCUGUUAUGGUGUUUCAUGGGAAUCGCCAUCGUCGCCGAUGUCUUCAUGUGCGCGAUCGAAACGAUUACAAGCAAAACGAAACAAGUCAAAGUACCGAAGCAAGACAAUCCAAGCGAAAUGGAAGUCGUGGAGAUUCGAGUAUGGAAUGAAACUGUUGCUAACCUUACAUUGAUGGCUUUAGGGUCAUCUGCGCCGGAGAUUUUACUGGCUAUUAUUGAAAUAGUUAUCCUAAAUAAAUUCGAGGCAGGUAAACUUGGGCCAAGCACGAUCGUUGGUUCGGCAGCGUUCAAUCUCCUCGUGAUCACAGGGGUUUGCGUUAUGAGUAUUCCUACUCAUGAACAACGAAGGAUCAAAGCUAUCAAAGUUUUUGCGGUGACCGCUACCUUCUCAAUGAUGGCGUACAUUUGGCUGUAUUUAGCACUGAGUACGAUUACGCCUGAUGUAAUCGACCUUUGGGAAGCAAUUCUCACGUUUCUUCUGUUCCCGAUUCUUGUCGUUGUGGCCUACAUAGCCGACAAGGAAUAUUGUUGCCCCGGGAAAGUUCAACCUCAAGAUCCAGGAGUCCUCGAAUUGGCUGAGGGUUCCAAAACACUGACUACUCCUGCACAUGAUCCAGAGGUUGAAAAUUUUAUCAAGGAAGUGAGCAGAAAUCCCGAUCUGUCAGAGGACGAUGCAGCAAUGCUUGUUGCCGCGCAUAUUAAAUCCAAACAACCAAAGAACUACGGUUACUAUCGAGUGGGUGCCAUAAGAGACCUGGGAGGCAGCCACAAGCUGAGACCAAAGAUGGAUCCUAAACUUAGAGUGAUUUACGAAGAGUUGUCGGAAGUUGGUUUUUCAUCAUCUGGAGCCACCGCUAUCAUGAGUCAUGCCUUAGCUGGUAAAGUACAGCCUGCUCGUGUGGAGUUUGCCGCUCCAAAAUGUGCUGUUCUAGAAAGCGACAAACUUGUCAGAAUUGGUGUGAAACGAUCUGGAAACACGAAAAUUACAGCCAGUGUAAACUACGAGACCAUAAACGGCACAGCCACGGCUGGAUCUGACUAUGAAGCCAAAAGAGAUGUGCUUGUCUUCAAACCCGGUGAAAACUUGAAACAUAUAGACAUUACGAUCAUCGAUGACAAUGAAUGGGAAGAGAACGAAGUGUUCUUCUUGAAAUUGGCCAGAUUUGACUACAAGGAUGACACGGUUGAGAUCGGAGAACAAUGUAUCACUGAAGUUACUAUUAUAAAUGACGAUGAACCAGGAACCUUUUCAUUAGAGAAUCCAAGCUUUGUAAUUAAAGAGAGCAUCGGCAAGGCUUACAUCACAGUCAACCGCACCCAGGGCACAGACGGUAGAGUGGAGGUCACUUGGAAAACCACAGACCAAACUGCAGUAAACGGCAAAGAUUACCAUGGAGGGACUGGUACAUUGGUCUUUGAACACGGCGAACAAGCAAAAUCAAUAGCAAUAGACAUUAUCGAUGAUAAAGAUUUUGAAAAAGACGAAACGUUUGUUGUGGAACUCCUCGAAACCUCACCUGGAGCAAAGAUUGGUAAUAUUCGGAGCGCGGCGGUCAAUAUUGUAAAUGAUGAUGAAUAUCGAAGAUUAUUUGACCGAGUUGUUGCACUCACUCAUAUAAAUCUUCGUCGUUUGGAGCUUGGUUCGGCGUCCUGGGCGUCGCAAUUCCGUGAGGCUAUGUCAGUCAAUGGAGGGGAUGUGGAAAAUGCUACUGCAGUCGAUUACGUCAUGCACUUCUUCACCUUUGCUUGGAAGGUUAUCUUCGCCAUAAUUCCCCCUUGCACUUGGCUUGGUGGUUGGGUGACAUUUUUUGUCGGUUUAGCAAUGAUCGGCUUAGUCACUACCAUAGUCGGAGACUUGGCCACCAUAUUUGGAUGUCUAAUCGGUCUAAGAGAUGAAGCGACCGCCAUCUUGUUUGUCGCUCUCGGCACCAGUCUCCCAGACUUAUUUGCGAGCAAAACAGCGGCGGUGAAUGAGAAGUACGCGGAUGCCUCUGUAGGAAAUGUCACCGGCAGCAACUCUGUGAAUGUUUUCUUGGGACUGGGAUUGCCCUGGGUGAUAGCUGCUAGUUACCAUUUGUCUCAGGGUACAGUGUUCGAAGUGAAGGCAGGAACAUUAUCCACAAGUGUUGUCACGUACAGUUGUUGUGCGAUCCUGUGUUUCGUGCUCCUUUUGGUACGAAGAUAUUCAAAAUUUAUGGGCCGCGCAGAGCUUGGAGGGCCCAACGUAACCAAAUACAUAUCUGGAGUCUUCUUACUAUUUUUAUGGUUCCUUUACGUUUUGAUUUCUUGCCUUGUUAUUUACGACAUAAUCAAAUUUUAAAGCAAGGUUUCAAUCACUGUAAAUACACAAGGAUAAUAACAAAGAGGAAGUUAUUUAAAUUA